AUGGCUAUCACUUUUACAAAGAAGGUCGGAAAGUUGUGCUGUUUAAAUGCCCUCAUUCAGUCCUUCCUCAGCUCUCAGUAUGAUUCCACCCAAAAAGCCCCAGAAUUCAUUCUUAAAAUGAUGCAAAAGGAAUUAAACUACAAUAAAGGGUUGGAAGACUUUGAAUGGGUCUACCUAAAACUCUGCGGAAACAAUGCACUUGAGAAAGCCUGUCGUUUACGGGACCAUGAUAUCACUUCCCUUUGCGCGUCAUUGCUUAAUGUGCCUAUUAUAAACAGUCUAGACUUGCGCUUCAACCAAAUUACAGACGAUGGUGCUAUUGCGCUGGCCAAUUAUCUCAAAAAAGACAGAUGCCUGAAGGAACUCAAUUUAACUGGAAAUAAUAUCAUGGAACGAGGAGCUCAAGAGAUUGGUGAAGGUUUGAAGAUGAAUCGAACAUUGGAACGCUUAAAAUUGACUGGGAAUCCAAUUGGUCGCGCAGGCGGAAUUGCCUUAGCUCGGGGCCUUCUACGGAACACCACAAUUACACAGCUAGAUGUUGGUGAAUGCGAUUUGGAGAUCUCUAGUGCAAUAGCCUUUUCAACAGUGCUUCGAACAAACAAUACCAUUGACUACUUCAGUAUGGAUCGCCUUAUCCUCUUCACCCGUCAGGAAGAGCAGACGGUCCAAAUAUGUGAAAUGUUACGUAUGAAUACCAAUUUGAAGGAGUUACACCUAUCCAGAUGCAAUAUGCGCGAUUAUGGCGCUGAACGCGUGGUCGAAGCCCUUGAGGCGAACAAGACCCUCCAAGUCCUGGACCUGAGUGCAAAUAGAAUUUCUCGCGAUGGAGGAAUUGCACUUGCUCGGGCCCUUGGUAAUCGCUGUUCACUAACAAUUCUCGACCUUUCCUACAACCGGGUCCAAUGCGAGGGCGCUAUCGCCAUUGCAAAAGCUCUGAAAAAGGACAACAAUCGUCUUGCUGUUCUCUACUUAACUUUCAAUGAAAUUCGGGAAAAGGGUCUCUGUGCCCUAGCCGACGCACUGCUCUACAAUGACAGUCUUCACUACAUUUACCUAUGGGGCAAUGAAAUCAAUGAAAAAGUAGCUACUGUGUGGGCUCACCUGCAAACCAUUGGGAGAAUACGGCAAGAAUCGACCGACUUGAAGCCUUAUAAAGUGGACGGAGUUGUGCGAAUGGCGCUGUUUAGAAAGAAUGGCAAAUGUCGUAACUACCGGCAACAGAAGGUUAUUAUAACCAGCUUGUUGACUUGCAGCUAUGAUAAUUCCGUUGUCUUUCUUUACUGCCUCCGGUCGCAGACCCCUGCAUCAGGGAGACUGGUUGUGAAAAGAUAUCUCAUAUGGUGGUCAGUGUUUGUAGCCGCCAUCAAGUUACUGAAGGUAGUUGGGUGGUCGACUGCCAGUCACCUAAAAGUCAUUUUAUCGAGAGAUUGCACGUCGAUGCCAACAUCGAUCGUUGGACUAGAAGAGUCGCAGACAAAAACUCUUCGAAUAGAUGAUCUCGAGAGUGGCGCCAUCAUUUACUCGCAUGAUUUUGAAUCUGACGCGUUGCCCAAUGCCUCAUCUACAAUUCUGGGACAGAAUUAUUACGCUCAGUAUCCUCUUGCUUUCUCCUGCGAAGUUGUUAUUCAUGCGCCUCUCGAUAAUGGACGGAUCAUGCUCACUAUCGAAUCCUUUUUUAUACCCUCCAGUGAUCAAACCUGUAAGGACGACUUCCUCUACGUUUUUGACUCAAAUACAGCCAGAUCUAAGGCCAUGUACAUCGAAUUCUCCCAGAUUCCAGUUUCCAAACAGCGAAGCAAUGACACCCGGUUUCAAGAUCGUCGUGACAGCAUUUCAAGAGAGUCCACUGCGCAUGAGACCAAUCCACACGAAAUGACACAACUUGAGGGUGUGGACGGCAAACUCCUCCUGAAACAGUUGGCAGUUGUAUCGCUUCAUGUGGAUUGGUCUCAGCUGCGGUUGGCCUUCACCAAGGAGGCCGAACAUGUUGAGCCCAACGCAGGCAAGGCAUCAGGGAUCGGUCUUCUGACGCCGGGGUUGUGUCAGACUUCCGCAUGUCCAGAAGGUCGUUUUUACUGCGGCAGUGUGAAAAAUGCUGCGUUGGGGGGCAUUCCAUCAGUUAUCAACUUCAGUGGAGGUGUCGGUGAAAGCAGAUCUUCGGUUCGUCUUCCCUCUACGGGUAUUUGCGUCUCUGAACGGGUUUGCUGUGAUGGCGUUUUCAAUUGUCCCGAUGGUAGGGAUGAAUUUGCCUCACUCUGCAAUCACUUCCAAGAUGGGGGCCCAACGGAUCAAGACAUUAGCUUCCUAGGACAGUUUCUGUCUCUUGGAUUGACUACGUCAGUAUCAAUUGUGGUGGCGGCAGUGCUGUUCAUCAUUCUUUGCCUGGGUUGCAUCAUUUGCCUCUGUCGUCGAAAUCGUUUCAACGCGAGAUCUACGAACUCCCCUACAGCCGUCGUCAACACUGUCUUCGACGGGGUCAAUCGUACAUGCAGUGGCGAACUCGCUGUACCGCAUACUGACCCUUCUUCACUGCUCAACGGUGUUCGAAAGUCACCUGACGACUUCCAUUCCCAGAUACUUGCAACUCCAACGCAACAGCAGCAGAUAGUGCUGCCGCCAGCAAAGUCUAUGGGUGAUCUCUUCCAACCGCAUCAACUUUCACCCAACUCUCCGAUGCUAAGGCACUUCCAUGAGUAUCCUUCAUCACCGCAGCCUCCACCUCCAGGUUCAUGGAACACGCAACCCAUUUGCUAUUCGGUAGCUCAUCAUCCACAGUGGCUGCCACAACAACAGCAACAGCAGCAGCAUCAACAACAAGUCCAUCAGCAAAUGCCACUUUCGCCGCAGAAUCAGACCCAAAACCGUGUUUCUGGCGCUACACCUUCCUCGAACGUUCCAACCUGCCCCCAACAACUACAACAGCAAUCCCAUCUGUUGCAUUCAACUCGCUUUCCUUAUCAACAUCUGGAAACCUCCUCGCUCGUAGCUGACGGAGGAAUCGUCUAUCUUGGUGAAAUCGGUAGCGGUUCUGGGAGUGGGGGCUCUCGCCUAGCCACAAGUUCCAGGCGCCCUAGGCGUCGUUCUGGGCGCGCCAUGGAUACCCAGUCCUCGUCCAGUAUUGGCUGCGGUCCUUCCACCCGUGGUGCCCAAUCAGCUGAGGGUGCACCGCGCACCGCGAGCAAUAGUCCGCACUCCGUUGGUCCUUCCUGGUCCUCUAGUCGUGGCACGACUGCCAAUAACCCUAGUGCCAACAGCAGCGCCAACGUUCGCCCCCAUCAUCACCGCCAUCACCAUCACCGUAGAUGCCGUCGUCAAGAUGGUAGUGGUGGUGGUAGCAGUGGAAAGCAGUCGACACGGAACCACUCCACCAAUAGUAGCAUGAUUUCUGAUGUGGCCGCAUGUUCAGUGUUGCUUCUUUGCAUCCUUGUGAUUCAUUGGAGUUUGCAAGGUGAAGCAUCGAAUAUGGUAGCGAAUAUUGAACAGCAGAGAAAAGAAGCUGGUGUUGGUAAUGCAGGAGCAUUAGAAAGUACUCUGGGAAAGGAAUAUUCCAGACUUGAAGGCAAAGCAUUCCUUCCUCACAGUGCAACAACUCCUCAUGUUGCCAAUCGUUUUAUGGCGCAACUUUGCUUUCCAGAAGAGCCACCAGAUGAAGUGGUGCGAAGAGACCGCGAGUGGAAUUACCUCGACUCACCGCUCAAUCAAAUCCCUAUUCCACGAGCGCCUACACCAACUUUCGGUGAGGUCACCCCACGACCUCAGGUGUGGCACAGAGAAGACACCUUCUUCCCCGUCCUCCGCAACCGCAACAUCACCGUUCACGGACCCUCCAACUACAUUCUUCAGAAAGCCGUCAGUCGUUAUGAAACUCUGAUCGGUAGUUGUACAAAACUCUCCAUUCAUCCCCGUCGCUACAUCUCCCGCAAAUACAACGACACCGAGGUCGACCAAAAUUUAACGUGUAUGGCGCGGAGGAAUUUCAGGUCUGCUCGACUCAAGCCAUCCUACCCGCAGUAUUAUGCAGUAGAGUCGCUGGAGAAGCACUUUUCUCAAUUCCCCGGUUAUUUGGCCAAAGCAAAUUCUAAAAUGGCUAUUUCCCAUAUCCACUUGGGGGUUCGUCGGUUAGGCGGGCCCUGGCCCAACUCCGAAAUGAAUGAGUCGUAUUUGCUGAUUGCGAUCCCCUCGGGCAUAAAGAUUUUGGCCGAAGAGGUUUGGGGUGCCAUACGCGGCCUUGAGACUCUUAGUCAGCUUUUGUGGUGUUCCCCUAGCGGAUCCACAAUAUUCAUUAACCAAACCUUCAUAAGAGACUACCCCAGUUUUCCCCACAGGGGUCUGCAUUUGGACACAUCGAGACAUUACAUAUCAAAGCACAAAAUUCUCAUGAAUUUGGAGACUAUGGCAUUCAAUAAACUCAACGUCUUUCACUGGCAUGUUACCGAUGAUCAGUCUUUCCCUUUUGUCAGCAGAACAUUUCCAGAGCUUUCAAAACAGGCAGCCUAUAAUUCAAAGAUGGUCUACACCCAUGACGACGUACGGGAAAUCGUCGAAUUUGCACGGGUUCGCGGCAUUCGUGUGAUUCCGGAAUUUGACAUACCGGGUCACACUAGAUCGUGGUCACUCUCGCACCCAGAGAUCUUUGCAAAGUGCUACGACAUGGAGAACGAGUCGCCCUUCUAUGGAGGUCUGGAUCCGAGCAAAAAUGAAACCCUGGAAUUUCUUGCGGCCCUUUUCAAGGAAAUUGUAGAACUCUUCCCAGAUAGCACUCUUCACAUGGGUUUCGAUGAGGUCGAGUUCAACUGCUGGUUAGUGAGUGUGACAGAAAGGAGCUUUCUUCUAAGCAACAGUUUUGACAUCCUUAAUUGUCCUUGUAGGUCAUCAAAUCCCGCUAUAAAGAAAUUUAUGCUGGACAACGGAAUGGUUUCUCCGAUAGACAUUUUUAAGAUAUUUACCGUGAGGCUUUUGAAUAGAAUCCAGGAAGCAGCUAAACGUGUAACAUUGACAGGUCAAAGACGAUUCAUCUUUUGGCAGGAGGUAUUUGAUAAUGGUCUCAAGGUGCCCAAUAAUUCACUAAUUCACUUGUGGAAAGAUUUGAACUCUAUCCCUGGCUACUUUGGAUUUCAAGCUAUUGUCUCCAAAGGCUGGUACCUCGAUUCUUAUCUCAAGCCUUCCGAAUGGAUUGGAUACUAUGAGAAUGAGAUCUAUCCAUCAUCGCACUUCUAUCCCGAUGUAAAUGCUAAUUUUGAACCUAAAAACGUGAUCGGUGGAGAGGCUUGCAUGUGGAUUGAAUGGCAGUCGGAAGAAACUGUAAUCCAACGAAUAUGGCCUGUAACCAGUGCAAUAGCAGAACGGCUUUGGUACUAUAGGACGCCAAACCCGGAUGAAUUCGGUCCGCGUUUGGAAGAACAGCGUUGUCGCCUUCUUCGACGCGGCGUUCCGGUGGGCGUUGCCAGCGGUCCCGGUAUGUGUCCAUUGCCCUCAGGUCCCGACGGCGACAUCUCUCCUUUCGAUCUCAUCAAAAUCGGAGCGAUUGGCACCAUCACCAGCGGCGAAUAUAUCCACCAUCUGGAGAUACGUAAAAUUCUCCUCCUCAUCUUCUGCGGCCUGGCACUCUUCACCGCUGGCUACUUCGCAGGACGCCAAGGUCUGGCAGCUCACCUUUCUCGUGUCUUGAAAACGCUCUCCACCAAUAACUUUGGUAUUACUCGUACCUCUAGACUUGCUCGAUUUCGAACAUAUACAUUUAAUGCUCUUUUCAUCUGUUUCUCGACGUUUAUUGCUAUUCUGCUUCUCGUCUCAAGUACCCCUCAUACCAGUGGGCUAGUGGGUUCGAGUUCCCUUGGUUAG